AUGGCCAGCCAGCUCUGCUCUCCGAUCUUCUCCUCUGGGUCCAUCAAAGGCCUCUGUGGUACCACAGGUGGCGUCUCUCGGGUGUCCUGUGUCCGCUCUGUGGGCUCCUGCAGAGUCUCUGGCCUUUCUGGUGUUGGGGGGUCAGCCUCCUCUGUCAGGCUGGGCCUCUCCGGCCUUGGGAGCUGCUUGCCUCGUUCCUGCCUGUCCUCUGGGUACCACUCCUCCUGCUUUACCGGGAGCGGGGGCUGGUCCUGCGAGGGCUCCUUCAAUGGCAACGAGAAGGAGACCAUGCAGUUCCUGAACGACCGGCUGGCCAGCUACCUGGAGAAGGUGCGCCAGCUGGAGCGGGAGAACGCGGAGCUGGAGAGCCGCAUCCGGGAGCGGAGCCAGCAACAAGACCCCCUUGUGUGCCCCAACUACCAGUCCUACUUCCGGACCAUCGAGGAGCUCCAGCAGAAGAUCCUGCUGACCAAGGCUGACAAUGCCAGGCUGGUCCUGCAAAUUGACAAUGCUAAGCUGGCUGCUGACGACUUCCGAACCAAGUACGAGACGGAGCUGGGCAUGCGGCAGCUGGUGGAGGCUGACACCAAUGGACUGCGCCGGAUCCUGGACGAACUGGCUCUGUGCAAGGCCGACCUGGAGAUGCAGGUGGAGUCCCUGAAGGAGGAGCUGAUGUGCCUCAAGAAGAACCACGAGGAGGAAGUCAACACACUUCGAUGCCAACUUGGGGACCGGCUGAAUGUGGAGGUGGAUGCCGCCCCCCCAGUGGAUCUCAACAAGAUCCUGGAUGAGAUGAGAUGCCAGUAUGAGGCCCUGGUGGAAAAUAACCGCAGAGACGUGGAGGCCUGGUUCAACACCCAGACUGACGAGCUGAACCAGCAAGUGGUGUCCAGCUCGGAGCAGCUGCAGUGCUGCCAGACAGAGAUCAUUGAGCUGAGACGCACGGUCAAUGCCCUGGAAAUCGAGCUGCAGGCCCAGCACAGCAUGCGGAAUUCCCUGGAAUCCACCCUGGCGGAGACCGAGGCCCGCUACAGCUCCCAGCUGGCUCAGAUACAGGGCCUGAUCGGCAACGUGGAGGCUCAGCUGUCCGAGAUCCGCUGUGACCUGGAGCGGCAGAGCCAGGAGUACCAGGUCCUCCUGGACGUCAAGGCCCGCCUGGAGUCGGAGAUCACCACCUACCGCUGCCUGCUGGAGGGAGAAGACUGCAAGCUGCCUACCCACCCUUGUGCCAUGGAAUGCAAGCCUGCAGUUAGAGUUCCUUACAUCUCAAGUGUGCCCUGCGCCCCGGCCCCCCAGCUCAGCACCCAGAUCCGUACCAUCAAGGAGGAGAUCAGAGACGGGAAAGUCAUUUCCAGCAGGGAGCACGUGCAGCCGCUGUAA